AUGUAUCCCACUCGUAUGCUGCGGAUGCAGGCCUCUCGGCCUUUUGCUUUCCCUACUCCUAAGGAGAACCAAAGCGCGCACACUAUCUCCCAGCGUCUGCGUACCUUGAAGAAGGUGCCCCCAGAGUUGAUCCCUCUCGGACUCGUCCUUGGCGUUGCCGUGGGAGCUGCUAUCUACUCCAGUGCACACAAGCUCAUGUCCGACAAGACCCUUCGUCUUUCCCGCAACAGUCCCGAGAACCGUGAGCACUAA